CUCAUUUUCUGUUUCCUGAGUCUGUCUUAGUGUCCAAACUCAGAUGUCGGCGAUGGCUCGGAGAGUAGCUUCUGCUUCUACUUCAGGUUUUGUUCAUUCUCAUCUCUCCUCUUGUCUCUUUCGCCGUCCGAGAUUCAGCAGUUCUGUCUCUUAUAGUAAUGUGAAAGAUGCUGUUGAUGUAUUCGACCAGAUGGUUCGAUCUCGUCCCCUCCCUUCCAUUGUCGAUUUCAAUAAAUUACUAAGUGCAAUUGCCAAAAUGAAACGGUACGAUAUCGUGAUUUCUCUUUGCAAGAGGAUGGAAUUGCACGGGAUUUCACAUGACAACUACAGUUUAAGUAUUCUUAUCAACUGUUUCUGCCGCUCUAGUCAAGUGGGUUUGGGAUUUUCGGUUUUGGGGAAAAUCAUGAAAAUGGGUUACGAUCCCGAUGUUGUCACAUUUAACACCCUCAUCAAUGGAUUAUGUAUGGAUGGUAAGCUUUCCACAGCAUUAAGCUUAGCUGAACGAAUGGUAAAAGAUGGUUAUACUCCAGACGUUGUAACAUGUAAUACUGUUGUCAACGGACUUUGUCUCCAAGGUAGAAUCCGCGAGGCAGUCACUUUAGUUGAUCAGAUGUCAGAGAAAGGCUAUCAACCCGAUGUAUUCACUUAUGGUGCUGUUGUGAAGGGCAUUUGCAAGUUGGGAGAUUCCGCUCUAGCUUUAAAUUUGCUUGCCAAGGUGGAGGAAAGGCAUGUUCAGGUCAAUGUCGUAGUUUAUAAUACGGUUAUAGAUUGUCUUUGCAAAUGUGGACAUAUAGAUGAUGCGAUUAACCUUUUCAGAAAGAUGGAUGAUCGAGAAGUUGUGCCAAAUGUUGUUACGUACAACACUUUGGUAAAUGGUCUUUGUUGUUAUGGUAGAUGGGUUGAUGCCGCACGAUUUUUGAAUGAGAUGAUCAAAAGGAAAAUCACCCCAAAUGUUGUCACGUUCACCGGAUUAAUCGAUAAUUUUAUUAAAGAGGGGAAGUUUCUAGAAGCCAGAGAUGUUUACGAGCAGAUGGUCCAGAGAGAUUUGGUUCCGAAUACUAUCACUUAUACUUCGUUGAUUGAUGGACUUUGUAUGCAGAAUCGCCUUGAUGAGGCAAAAAAAAUGUUUGAUUUUAUGGCUACCAAGGGAUGUUCUCCAAAUGCAGUGACUUUUAACGUUCUCAUAAAUGGAUACUGUAAGUCUGGUAGGGUUGACGAGGGUAUGAAACUCUUUAGUGAGAUGUUUCGAAGAGGAGUUGUUGCUGAUACAUGUACUUAUAAUUCACUCAUCCAAGGGUUUUGUCGAGCAGGCAACAUUUGUGCUGCCCAAAAGCUUUUCUUAGAGAUUCAGUGUCAUGGUCAAUAUCCUGAUCUUGUAACUUUCAAAGUCCUGCUUGAUGGGCUAUGCAAGAAUGGAAAGCUAGAAGAGGCGUUGAUAUUGUACAAUAAGAUGGAGAAGAGUGAGAUGAACCUCGAUAUAACCGCACAUAAUAUAAUCAUUCAUGGUUUGUGUAUGAAUGGCAAGGUUGAGGAUGCAUUGCGAUUGUUUAUUGGGCUUUUUGAUAGAGGGGUGGAACCAGAUGUGAAAACAUAUACUACAAUGAUUUCUGGAUUUUGUAGAAAAAGUUUACUUGAUGAAGCCGAAAAGCUAUUUAGAGAAAUGAAAAAGGCUGGUUGUUUGCCAAAUGAUCGCACAUACAAUGCGUUGAUUCAGGGUCAUCUCAGAAAUGGAUGUACAUCUACGGGUGUCGAGCUUGUACGUGAAAUGUGUAGCUGUGGGUUCUCUGCGGAUGCAUCGACCACGGAGAUUAUUGUAGAUAUGAUACACAAUGGAAGAUUGGAUAAGAAGUUUAUGGAUUCUCGUCCAUAGUUGUUUGGUCGUCGCAGUAGGAUCUUGCUUUCUGACUGCUGCAGUCGUUUGAAUAACAGGAAUGGUGGAAAUUCCUGCAAGUGAAUUGGAGACUUACCAGAUGUUUGGAUCCUUCUUCUGGUGAUGUUUUGUUAAUCUUCUUGAUUGAAACGGUGGAUGAGCUGAUGGAGAGGGAGACGAGGUAAUCACUGCCGGAGGAGAGAGGAAGAAGGAAUUGUCGUUGGCGGCGGCAGACUGAGGAGUUCCUGCAGAAACCAGACAAGGUCGGCGCCAUUCUCCAUGCUCUCUCCCGUUUCCCCUCUCUUUAUGUAUCUCUUACUGUGUAUGUGUGAUCAAAUCAAGGGAUUCAAGAAAUGAGAGAUGAGAGAGAUGCUCGAAGAAUUUUUUUAUGGCUGAUGAAUUUGAUACAGCUUCAAGGACAUAAUCGGUUAAAUUUGGAGUUUAA